AUGCCUAAAUUCGAAGUUUCUGGCUUUUCUGUCCGAGUUUCCAAAACCUACGGGUUUUUCGUCACCAUCACCGGAACUUGCGCGAAUCGAGACGAGCCUAUCAAGCUCAAGAAAUUCUUCAAGAAAGAUGCCUUUGCCGAAGUUCUCCCCGACCUUGUCGCUGGAGAAAUGAACGUGGUCAUCAUUGGCCGCCGCAACCAGACUGACUUCGAAGCUCGAAACAACAUCCAGUACUACGACUUUGUCCUCGAAGACAUGGACUGGACCGACAUGUAA